GGCGGGGCGCUAAGGUUGGCGUCUUCUCGCCCCGACCUUCGCCAGCGGGGCCGUAGCAUCAUGACGGUGGGAGCCAGGCUCCGAAGCAAGGCGGCGAGUGGUUUCCUGCGCCGCGGGCCCCGGGCGCGAGCGCGAGCGCGGGCGGAGGGGGAUGAGGAGGCGGCCGCCCUCCUGGAGCAGCCGGAGCGCGGGGACGAGGCGGCGAGCUCAGACCAUGCCUCAGACCUUGACAGCGUCGAGUGGCGUGCCAUCCAGGAGGGCGCCAACUCCAUUAAUGUUGGGAAGGUGGUCACCAAGGGAUGCCGCUACGUGGUCAUCGGCCUGCAGGGCUUCGCUGCGGCCUACUCGGCCCCAUUCGGAGUAGCCACCAGUGUGGUCUCGUUCGUCCGCUAGCGGGAGCUGCGGGGCAGACACACCAGCACGGAUGGAAGCUCCGCUCUGGGACCAUCUCAGACCUGAACCCACAGAAUCCUUGGAGGAAGUCAAUGUCUCUCCUUGUUGCAUUGGAUGAAUGUUAUGAACGGAACGUGCCUGCCCAUCCGCUGAGCUUUUCAGGACUCUAGGACACCCGUGGCUCCGAUGGACAAUCCCGCAGGGAAUCCGGCCGUGUUAGGUUUGGGGUUUCAGUGUGCGAACGCCGAAGGUUUCCUGCGCAGGUGGCCGGGGGUCUGGCCCGGAGGCAGACACCUGGCAGACGCUCUGGGUGGGUAGCGGAGGGGUGAUUACGAGGCGGGACAGGGGUUUUGACGAUUUGUUAUGUUCUGGAAGGGUCGCAGGCUGACACGGCGCUCACAGCCCUUGGCUGCCCUGAUUCUGGGGCCAGCAGAGGAGCUGUUUGUCAUGCGCCCCAGCUCCUUCCUCCACCCCUUAGUUACCAGGGGUGGAGUUACGGGCUUGAGAAGAAGAAGGAAGGAAGGAAAAUCUCUUUGAAGGUGGGGAUGCUUUGAAAACUGUUGAUGACGUGUGUGACUGUUGAAAGCAGAUAAAGCUUGUGAUCCCACCCCCCCCACCCCCGC